ACCCUUUUCUUCCUCCCCGUCCACCGCCGUUAACCGAAACAGCCAUGGCGUCAACGGAAUCUUCGAAUCCAAACAGAGCAUUAACUGAUACUCGUUUCUCCGACCUCAAUCCGCCGCUUUCCGAUGAAGUCCUCGACGCCCUCUCUACUUCAGGCUUCGAUUUCUGCACUCCCGUUCAGGCAGCCACUAUACCCUUGUUAUGCAGCUACAAGGAUGUCGCGGUCGACGCCGCCACCGGUUCGGGCAAAACCCUAGCAUUUGUUGUUCCACUCGUCGAGAUCCUCCGUCGCACAACGUCUGUUAAACCUCACCAGGUCCUGGGAAUUAUCAUAUCUCCAACGAGAGAAUUAUCAUCACAAAUAUUCCAUGUUGCACAACCGUUUAUUUCAUCACUGUCAGAUGUUAAGCCAAUGCUUCUCGUUGGGGGAUCAGAAGUUAAAGUAGACAUGAAGAAAAUUGAAGACGAAGGAGCGAAUUUGUUAAUAGGAACACCUGGAAGACUACAUGACAUAAUGGAACGCAUGGAUAUCUUGGAUUUUCGUAAUCUUGAGAUUUUGAUUUUGGAUGAAGCUGAUAGACUACUGGAUAUGGGGUUUCAAAAGCAGAUAAAUUCUAUUAUAUCUCGCUUACCCAAGCUUCGUAGAACUGGUCUUUUUUCAGCUACUCAAACAGAAGCUGUUGAAGAACUAUCAAAAGCAGGAUUAAGAAAUCCUGUAAGAGUUGAAGUUCGUGCAGAAACAAAAUCAUUAGAACAUGCAGCAACCUCAUCAAAAACACCCUCAGGCCUUCACAUUGAGUUUAUCAAAUGUGAAGCAGAUAAGAAAUCAUCACAGCUUGUGGACUUCUUUAUUAAGAACAAGUCUAAGAAGAUGAUAGUGUACUUUAUGACAUGUGCUUGUGUGGAUUAUUGGGGAGUUGUACUUCCACAGCUUACUGCAUUGAAGGGGGUGUCUUUAAUUUCUCUUCAUGGGAAGAUGAAACAGAUAGCAAGGGAGAAAGCCUUGGCUUCAUUUACAUCUCUUCAGGAUGGAAUCCUUCUGUGCACUGAUGUUGCAGCUCGUGGACUUGACAUUCCAGGGGUUGAUUGCAUAGUGCAGUAUGAUCCUCCUCAAGACCCUAAUGUAUUCGUUCACAGAGUUGGGAGGACUGCUAGAUUAGGGCGUCAAGGAAGUGCCAUUGUUUUUCUUCUACCAAAGGAAGAAGCAUAUGUGGAGUUUUUGCGCAUUAAAAGGAUUCCGUUAGAAGAGAAAAUGUGCUGCGAAGAUGCGCUUGAUGUGGUUCCCCUUAUACGUGAUGCUGCUAAGAAAGAUCGUGAUGUGAUGGAAAAAGGUCUAAGGGCAUUUGUGUCCUACAUUCGUGCUUAUAAAGAACAUCAUUGCAAUUUCAUUCUCAGAUGGAAAGAUCUAGAGAUUGGAAAGUUAGGGAUGGGGUAUGGUUUAUUACAGCUACCUUCAAUGUCAGAGGUAAAACAAAAUUCACUUUCUACAGCGGGUUUUAUUGCUGUUGAAGAUUUAAAUCUUGAAGAGAUCAAGUUCAAGGAUAAAUCUCGAGAGAAACAAAGAAAGAAAAACUUGCAAAUAAAGAAAGAGAAGCCACAAGAAGAAAAAACCCACAAGGCUAAAGCUGCUAUGAAGAACGUGACUAUGGUGAUGAAGAAGAGAACAGCUAAACAAAGACGUGCUAAACAGUCUGCUGAGGAUGAUGAUGAACUUACUAGAGAUUAUCGCCUUUUGAAAAAGCUUAAAAAGGGGGCUAUUAAUGAAACCGAGUUUGCUAAACUAACUGGAACUGAAGACUUGCUUUGAGUUGAGAUGGAGGCUAUGCUUUGGCGACUUGUACAUUGAUGUACAAGUACCUGAAUGCAGUAGUAUUUAGAGAGAUUAUGCAGAGAAGAAAGAGAGUGAUUUUUGUUUAGGGUGGAUUUGGUCGUUUAAUUUUGUUUCAAUUUUGUGGAUUAGAUUAGGAGAAAAAGAAAAGUAUAGUUAUUGCUGCAUGUAAUGACAAAAUAGUUGUAAGUCGGAAAACAAACCAUGUUUUGAUUUUUUUUAUCAAAUGAAAAAUUAAUGUAUUGAAAUUA